AUGCGACACAAUUUGGAUGAGCUCAAGGCAAGAUCAGAGUGCUCAACCAGCGGAGGCGUCAACAUCGAUUUUGGUGGCGGAAAGUGGAGCGGGAACGGAAAGGGAAAGCCCAACCCACAGAUAACGACGAGCACAACAACGGAUUAUGCAGGUAGCACUGGUCCUAUCUUAACGACGCCUACCACCACAACAACACCUACCACAUCAGCAUCAGUCUCUACUACCACAACGACAGGUUCUGGUUCUACCUCGUCGACCCCUACCACAUCAACACCUUUGCCUACCACAACGAAAAUGACGUCAAACAAUACCGUCGUUCGUCGGGAGCUUGCCAACCUCAUCUCGUCCUUUUCAGUCGGUAGUAAUGCGAGUUCAAGCACCAAUGUAUCAUCUAGGGAGGCAGCUACUCAACUCAAAGAGCUAGAGAAUGCAAUGUCUAAUGUAGCUCUCAAUCUUCUUCAAGGUUUAGCAGACGACGAGCCUUUAAAAACAACUAUCGUGGUCGGCGAAACCGCCGUAGCAAUCGAGAUCGUACCGGUGGCUGACUUCGAGGGGACAUCGUUUCCCUCUGGCGACUCGACGUCGACGUCGGAUGGCGCGAAGAUCUCCAUCCCUACCGUGGUCCUCCCCGAAAAUGCAACUGGUCACUUGGUGUCAGUGUUUAUCCUUCAUACAACACCGCCCCCUCUUGGUGGAAACCUAGUCGAGAACACUGGAUCUAACGUUAGUUUUGAACUCAACAGCCAGGUUAUAAGUGCUAGUGUAUCAUUGGCUGAUGAUGGCGCUGUCUCCUUCAACGAACCAAUCACGAUUGUUCUGAGAAACAACCAGGAAGACAGCUCCCAAAAUUCAUCGCUGUGUGUCUUUUACGAUUUCUCCGCUGAUAAUUACACAGGGGCGUGGUCAACCGAAGGAUGUAGGGCAAGUGACAUCAAUGCUACCCAUGUCACGUGCUCAUGCGACCACCUGACAAAUUUCGCCAUUUUGCUGCAAAUAAACGACAUUGAGAUUUCAGAGAAGGAUCAGUUAAUUCUUCAAAUCAUCUCUCAAGUUGGAAUCGGUCUAUCUCUCGUCUUUCUGGCUGCCGGCUUCAUUGUUAUUGUAGCCGCGCUGAAAUCUUUGAAUAAUCGAGAAGCAGCCAUUAUUCACCUCAAUCUUAUGGGAGCUAUGAUCGUAGGUCACCUCAUCUUUCUCAUCGGUAUUGAUGACGUCUAUGAUCAGAAACGCUGCAAGGCAGUCGCCAUGUUGCUUCAUUUCUUCUACUUGGUGACCUUCUUUUGGAUGCUUAUGGAAGGGGUUCACAUCUACUUCCGGGCCACGCGUGUCUUCAAGAGCACCAACUAUCAGCUGAAGAUAUUCCACGUGUUUGCAUGGGGUACUCCGGGUCUGAUAGUCAUGAUCACAGCCCUGGUCAACAUCGAUUUCUACGGGACAGAACAGGCCUGCUGGCUCUCCAGAGAGAGGGGUGCCAUCUGGGCCUUUGCUGGUCCUGUCGUGUUUGUCAUAGCGAUGAACAUCAUUGUGCUAGUAGUCGUCUUGCAGACAUUCUUAACAAUCAAGUCCAUCAACAGCAAGUCAAAGUUUGAACAAGCCAAACGAUCAACUCGAGCUGCUGUGGUGUUGCUCCCUCUCCUCGGUAUCACGUGGAUCUUUGGUUUCCUAGCAACCGGGUCGUCAACCAUCUUUUUCCAGUAUGCCUUCGCCUUGCUGAACUCUCUGCAGGGCGUCUUCAUAUGUAUAUUUCAUUGCUUUACUAACGAUGACGUCAUGAAGGUAGUCAAGUUAAGAUACAAGCGCUCCAAACAACAGUUUGAUGCCAUCCCAAGCAACCACUCGAUUGGUGGUCGAUUUCGGUCAACUACAAGCACAAAUAAAGUUUCAGCGGUUGGCAGGAAAGAAGCUUUUGGGGAAAAGUCCACAGUUUCGACGACUGCUACCGAUACGUCUGUCUUUUGAUUGAUGUGAGGAAAAAUGGAUAAGGAAGAAACGGUCGUCGGCAGCAGUUAUCCCAGACAACACGAUCAAAUAAUCAAUUGCAUGAAAUUAAUGAGGAAGCUUCCAGAAGUGGAACGCUAGGUCAAAGAUUUUGUGGAUCAGAUCCUGGGUUCAUAUUCAACCCAACCAUAAAGCCUAGGCCUAUGUAGUUAGUUAAUAAUAAUAAUAAGCCAUACUUAUAUAACGCAUAUGCGCUGUAAUGGAGAAAAGGAAAGAAAAAUAAAAGAAUAGAGAAGAUUGAGAUAUGCUCAGCAUACUGCCUAAAGCCUAGUUGUCAUCUUACAAAAUGCUAUAGCCUAUUUAAUCAGUUGACAAUUAGUCUGAUGAGGUUUUAUAAAUAUGGGCCCUGGUUUUCAAAAAACAGAAGGGGGCAGGAUUCUGAAAUUCUUUCUGACAAUAACAAAAAGGUAAGCACAUUUUCAGGUGCAUAACUUACAUAACAAAAUAUCGGCCAAGCAGCAACAAUUAGAACAAGAAAAACAAAAAGGAAGAAGAAAGUUGUCAAAUAAGAGGAAUUAUAAAUCUGUAGAGUUUAUAAAAGAAAUAUUGCAGCAAAAACGAAAUGCAAACGGAGAUUAUAGUGUGCCUUUUUUGGCUUUCACAUUUCUCAGUUUGUUUUGUCUGGAAUUAUUAAAUGCUAUGUUUUACGUACAGCUUUUCUAUAAUAUGUGGCGUGUUCGUUAAUACGAUAAGAGAUAUAGUUUUGCAACCUUAGUGUAAAUAUAUUUUUGUUUGUCUAUUUGAGCUCUGCAAUUCCAAACGUUGACUCAAUAAUAUUGAAACUUUCCUUCAUAUAUAAAUAUACGAGUAGAUUGCUGUGAACAAAUGUGACGUGUUCGUUAAUAGAUAUAAUUUUUCAAAACUUAAUGUAAAUAAUUUGUGUUUAUUUUUCUUUUAGCUCUAUAAUUCUAAUCAAUGACUCAAUUAUUUUAAAAAUGGCCUUGAUACGAGUGAUUUGGGGCAAACAAAAA